GAGAUUGUCGGGCGUUUGGUUCCAGAUCCUGCGCACCUCUUUGCGGGCAUCAAAGUGAUUGAAUUUGUCGCGCCUGGUGAUUUGGCCGUGCAGCUGACAGUUGAUGCCGGGAAUCUGUGGUUCAAGACUCUGGCGGCUAACUAUCAUCCGCUUUCAUCUGCAGAUGUGCUGCUGCCCCAUGCAGGGCGCUUGGUAGUGCGGAGUGGUUACCCACGAAGUGGCUGCAGUACUAUGCUGGUCAGCUCACAGGCUUCAUACUUCCUUAGCACUGCGGUAUGUGUGGAGCCGCAUCCCGCGGAUGCAAGCAAGACGCUCGUUUCGCGAUUUCUGGCAGCGCCGGUAGACGUUGCACAUUUCCGUGUGAAGCACCUUGCCAGAAUGUCAGUGGCACGUGCAGGAACCGAGUGGUUCAGGUGGCUGUUCGAUGGUGACAUGUGCACGGCCCGCGAAGCCAUGAAGGGCUUCUAUGUCGUCCUCUCCUUGCAAGAUUGCAGCUUCGGUGGUCCUUUGCUACCUCGCGUUGCGGGCGCGGAGCCCUUUGAUGCGGAGACCUGGGAACGCGUAGGAGCCGAUGUGUCCUUUGCUGCUUAUUUGCAGAGUUUUCUGCAUCUUCUGGACCUUGGCGCGGCGAAGGUCUUUUCGUCCCUCGAUGGCCAGCAGCUCGUUCCUAGCCAGGCCAUACUCAGGAGGAAGGACUGGGAACAUGUGCGGCCUGUGUUGCUCCCAGUGUUCCAAAAGGCUUGCAUUGCUUACCGAAGACUCUUGCCCAACGGCACAGUGGAGUUGCCAAAGCUUGCCGAGAACGUGCCUGCAACCUUCAGCCAUGUGUGUGAUGG